AUGACUUCACCUUUUUUAUGGAAAGCCGGUAGUAUUUUAGGCUGUAGUGCCAUUGCCUUAGGUGCAUAUGGUGCACACGGCUUGGUUAAAGUCGUGGGCGAUGAUCAAGUUAAACUCAAGAAUUGGGGCAUGGCUGCUCAUUAUCAACUCAUGCACAGUGUUGCACUUAUCGCCCUCGCUUCAAUCCCACCUAGUGUUCGCCGAAUCCAUCCUGCCGUUGGUCCAUUAAUCCUCACUGGUACUAUCAUGUUUAGCGGUUCUAUUUAUUUACUAACUCUUAAGCGCGAGAGCUUCAGAGCCUUAGGCCCCGUUACUCCUUUGGGCGGUUUGACAAUGAUGGCUGGUUGGGCUGCAUUAUUAUUAUAA